GCAGCUGAGGGGAGAGGAGAGGGAGGCACUUGCAAGUUCAUGUGUCAGUGAAAAAGAAAGAGUAAGGAUUCAACUUUCAGAAUUGAGUUAAAGAUUUCCAAAGAGAGACAGAGAUUCUGCUACAAGACUGAUAAACAAAGACAUCAUGCAAAAAAUGCCUCUCUAGGCACCAGCCCUACUUCUUUUUUAGAGAGAUACUUUGUAUUCAGCAUUGACAACCAAACCAGGAGGCUGAAUGAGUGAGGAAGGUGCACCAUACACUCUCAGCCUCACACAUGCUGAGACCCAAACACACACGUCGACCAGCAGCGACAGCACAUACACAGGAGGACCAAUGCAGCUCCAAGCAUCUGCAGACUCAGAGGAGAGGAAGAUGGACCCGGUGCAGAAGGCCGUGAUCAACCACACCUUCGGAGUUCCAUUGGUGAAGACCAAGCGGCCUGUCAUCUCUUGUAACGUCUGCCAGAUCCGCUUCAACUCAGAGAGCCAGGCAGAAGCCCAUUAUAAAGGAAACCGCCAUGCCAGGAGAGUCAAAGGCAUCGAGACCUCAAAGAGUCGUCCUCAAGAAGGAGACAAGCCUCAAACUGUGCCCCCAACCUCCUCCCCAUCCCCGCCUGGAGCCCCUGGCACCGCCCCAGACAGCGAAGCAAGCAAAGCCGAUGAGACGCGGCCCAUAUCCCAGUUAAAUGUGCCCCUGCUGGCCCCGGGGCCCCUCCCUCCUCUCACAACCCCACCUACUCCACCCAUGGACUCCCCCGUGCCCUCAGUUUGCCCCCUCCUGCCCAACCCCACUGCCCCCUUUAUCCCCCCUACCUCCUCCUCCCCCUCCUCCUCUUCCUCUCCAGGCUGCAGCAGCGGCAGUGCCAGCACAGAGCAGCCUGGAACUGGACCCCCUGUUUCAGGACCCGCCGGCCCCCCAGCCUCCAGCAACCCAUCCAACCCAGAGACAGAGGAAGACAAAGCCAAGAAGCUGCUGUACUGCUCGCUGUGUAAAGUGGCUGUCAACUCCUUGUCACAGCUGGAGGCCCACAACAAAGGAACCAAACACAAAACUAUUCUGGAGGCACGUAGUGGGCUGGGCCCCAUCAAGGCAUAUCCUCGUCUGGGCCCCAAGCCUAGUGGAGAGCAGGGAGGGGGGCCUGUGGACCCCAAUACUCAGGAACGAACCUUCCACUGUGAGAUCUGCAAUGUGCGGGUCAACUCUGAACUUCAACUCAAACAGCACAUAUCAAGUCGAAGGCACCGGGACGGCAUGGCAGGCAAGCCUAACCCCCUCCUCAGCCGGCACAAGAAGCACAGGGGAGCUGAUCUGGCGUCUUCUUUGACCUUCUCCAAGGAUCUCACCAAAGCUCUGGGCGCGGGGCUAUUGCCCAACCCGUUGGCUGUUGCUGCAGCAAUGGCCGCCGCAGCAUCAUCCAACCCGCUGGCUCUCCGUGCGGCAGCUCCAGCGCCCCAUCCGCACCAUCACUUAUUGCAAGGCCCACCUCUCAGCCACGCCAUCUUGAGACCCGCGCCAGGACCCAUCCGCACCACCCAUGGGCCGAUCCUCUUCUCCCCUUACUGACACAUCACCAUCUGACCUCGGCCAGUCAGGAACAGCCACUCCAAAAGCACACUGUGAAGAUAAUGAACAUGAUCAACAAACAGCAAUUGACAGGGGACACUGAAAAAAAUCCAACCAUUUAGAAAUCAGAGAAAAAAAGGGAAAGGAGCAGCAGACUGGAGUAGAAAUAUGUCUCUCUUUCUUCCCUUUACCUGAAACUCUCCUUUCAUUUCAAAGACUUCUGAGUAGAUGGAAUGAGGAGAGAUUUUCAUUAUGCAUUGAACUCCCUUGUACAUCUCUCACCCUCCCUGGCCCCCCUCCCUUGCACUGUGGCCCCAUCAUGGCCACCUUGAUAGCUACAAAAGAAACAUGCAGACCUUUCUAGAAACAUUAAUCCACAUGUAGUGUUAUAGUUAUUACAAGGCCGGGUUGGGUUCCUCCUCUCAUCACAGCUCAAUGUGUUCUUCUCAUCCUAUGCACCUCAAAAACCAAGACAAUGAUGUUAUGUCAGUAGGGUAGCUGCUUCCAUCAGUCUUUUGCUGUUAGCGCCACAUGUAGCUGUGGCGGCCUCCUCGGUACUGUACAUGUUCUCCUUCUGUGCCAGAGGCCGGCAAUUCUUCAGUUUAUGACACUAGUAGCAACAUGACUUCGGCUGACAGGCAGGUGGU